UAAAGGUGGUGGAAAAAAUUAUGUCAGACUGCCCAGAUUGCUGCGACCUGGUUGACAAUAGAGGCCGAAAUGUUCUCCAUUUUGCUGUGGAAAGCAGGAGUUUUGAAGGAGUGAAAACUAUUACUGAAAAACCUUUCCUGGCUAACCUAAUAAAUCAGAAAGAUAAAGAUGGGAACACUCCGGCCCAUCUGCUUGCUACUUAUGGCUUUGAACACUGUUGUCUUACAGAGCACCACCUAGUUGAUAAAAAGGCCAUCAACAAUGAAAAUUUAACUGCUCUGGACGUAGUGGUAAAAACGAAGGAUGAAAGCAAUAUGCCAUUUCUGGGAUGGACAAAGAGAAAACUAAAGAAGGUUGGAUAUAAACCAGGUCGGCCUUCAAUUAUCCAGCUCGCAGAACGUGAUAACAUGUCAAGACUCGACAAUGAGCUAAUCACUGAACUCGAGAAGACGAGUCAAUCCCAUCAGAUAGUAGCCACCCUCAUAGCAACGAUAACUUUUGCGGCAGGUUUCACCUUACCUGGCGGUUACAGUGAUCACGAUGGCCCCGACGAAGGAACAGCAAAUUUUAACUAGAAGAUCAGCCUUCAAAACUUUCCUUGUAACUGAUACCCUUGCGUUUGCCCUCUCCAUUUCUGUUGUGCUUAUCCACUUCUUAUUGACAUUGCAACCAUCCAAGAGAAAGUACUUUAAUCUAUUCGUUGCGGCUGCUUACUUCACUUUAAUUGCUAUGGCAUUAAUGGUGGUGGCAUUCAUGACAGGUGUGUAUGCAGUGAUGCCAAGUUCCUCAUCAGGUCUUGGGGCUACCAUUUGUGUCAUCGGAAGUUGUUUGGGCUUAUUGUAUUUCUGCGUGCUCAAGGUUACUUUCUAUGAUUAACUGACUAAUACUUGGACUGUUGUACAAUUAAAGAGCAGUGUAUAAUUAGAAAAAUAUGUAAAAUUAAGACGGAAAUUAUUGUUC